AUGUGGAAAUAUCCCAUCUUGUUCUUCCUCUUUGUGGUUCUCUUACCAAUAAUGAACAAAAAAAUUAAUGCAAAAAGAAAUGGCAUAGUAAAAAAGAAUAUAAUAAAUGGUUACGACAACAUUGUAAGGAAGAAGAAAUGCUAUGGAGUUGUAUACAAAAAUGGAAAAGGAAGACGAAACAAUUUUAUGAACAAGUUGUUGUAUGUAUAUAAGAAUAAUGGGGAUAAGCUCACUAGAGUGUUGUGUACCAGAUCAACAAAAAUGCUGUUUCUAAAGAGCUAUUGGAGUUUAAAUUUUAUAUUAUGUAAAUUUAAAAAAUGGAGAAAAACAAAAUUUGUCAUGUCAGAUUGUAACUCCAAAAAGGUAACAAUGAGUGAUGGAAAUCUUUUUGCUAACAUGAGUGUACAUUCCAAAGGUACCACCGUUCUAUGUGCUGAGAUAAGGGGAAAUUCAAAGGGUAUGUGUGAAGAGAGAGAAAUUCCAGGGAAUGCAAUAAAUAAAUUUUUUUUUUUUUUUUUUAAAAGAGUAAGAAAUGGAAUUCAGAAAUGUGUAAAGGAUUUAAACAAGUUUGUAGAAGAAGACAACAUGUUGAAUUUUUUAUGGAUACAUAAAAAUGUUUUAUGUAAAAAAAAUAUAUUAUUUCUAACACUCUUUGUGAUGAUCCAUAGUGCAAUUAUUAGUAUUAUAAUACCACGUUGCGAUAAUUUUAUAUUUCAUAAUUUGGCAAAUAGGAAAUUUGAAAAUUUUUUUUACCUCUUACUGAAUUGUAUUUUAGUUCGCGUAAUAAAUAUGUGUCUAUGUGGAUUGAGGAAUUACAUUUUUAUGGUUACAAGUGCAGACUCUUUAAAAACAGUAAAAAAGGUAUUAUUCGAAAUAUAUAUAAAAAAAGAGAAUGAAUAUUAUGAUCAAGUCGAUCAUAGCAUAAUCAUAAAUAAGUUAACAUUGGAAGCCCACGAUUUUGCAGACAUAAUCCCUUACUAUAUAAAUCCAUUUAUAAGGAAUUUUUUUUCCAUUAUUUUUAAUUUCGCAUAUAUUUUUUAUUUAAAUUACAAGUUAUCUAUAGUUAUUUUGGGUUGCUUUUUCAUUUCGUCUGUCCUUACUAUGAUUUCAACAAAAAUGAAAAAGAAAAGAAUAAAAUCAAUCAAUAGGGAAAAAGCAAGAAAUACGAAAAUUUCACUUGAAGCAUUGAACAAUAUAAAUAUCAUAAAAUUAUUUAGUACAGAAUUACAUGAAUAUAAUAAAUAUUCAGAAUCAUUAAGUGAUAUUUUAAAUUUGCAAAAGAAGAAGGAGCAAUUUAAUCUCUUUCACAUGGUGGUUAACAAGCUUUUUGUAUUCAUAACGUAUAUACUUAUUCUCCUCAAGGGUGAUGUACUUUUAAGAAGCAAAGAAAUUGACAGGAAUACCUUUACUUCCUUUUUCUUUUAUAUUAACAAUAUUUAUUCCUACAUAGAUAUACUGGACUAUUACAUAGAUAUAUGUGACAUAGUGAAUCAGUACCAUAGUAUAAUUCGAUUGAUUCGCAAUCAUGUACAAAGCUCUAUUGAACGAAGUUCAGAAGAUAUUGUUAUUCAAUCUUGUAGAAAUAUUUCUGACAAGGAAGAUAAUUCUUCAAAAGGAGUUGUUAAUAAUGAGAUUCCAUCCCUUAGACCUUGCAUUAACAACAUUUCAAAGCGUGAACAUGAAAAGGAUAAGACUAUGGGGAUACAUUUCGACCGAACAGAUAGUAGCGAAAAGAAUGUGGUGUUACAUUUGAAGAAUGUUUACUUCAAAUACAGAAAUACCAACAAUUACGUUUUGAAAAAUCUCAAUUUGAAAAUUUUAAAAAAUACAAAUAAUGUCAUAUUAGGGAAAAGUGGAGGAGGGAAAUCAACCCUUCUAAAAUUGAUCUUAAAUUUGUAUAAAUCGUCAAGGGGGAAAAUUUACCUAUACAACAAACCUAUCUGCAGUUAUACGAAUCGUGAAAUUAUGAAUAAAAUAUCAUAUGUUCAACAGGAUUCUAAAUUACUCAAAGGAACUAUAAAAGAAAACCUCACAUAUGGAAUUACUGACGAUAGUAACAAUUUUGAUAUGCUCGAUCUAGUUAAUAUAUCUAAGUGUUGCACUUGUCAUGAGUUCAUUAGCAGAUUAAGGAAAAGAUAUGAAACAUUCGUUUCGAAUAAAACUGAAUUAUUAACAUCAUCUCAGAAGCAGAAAAUGUGCAUAGCUAGGGCAUUAUCUAGGUAUCCCAAGAUCCUGCUACUGGACGAAUCCACCUCAUCGUUGAACAAAGACAACGAAAGAAUCAUCUUUCAAAACAUUAAACGGAACCCACUUUUCAAAAAUUUAACGAUAAUACGUAUAACACAUAAGAAGGCCAACUUAGAUUUAUCUGAUAAUAUUUUCCUUCUCAAUGAGGGGUAUAUAACCAGGCAAAAAUAUGUUUAA